AUGGUAAUAAGACGUGCAAAAUAUGGGGAUUUAAGAAAUUACAUUCGUGAUUUUUUUCCAAAAUUAACUUGGGCCGAUAGAAUAGAGAUUCUUAUAAAUAUUUCGAAAGCCUUAAAACACAUUCACGAAAUGAACUUAAUCCAUAGGGAUUUUCAUUGUAAAAAUGUUUUGGUAGACGAAAACAGGAGUAUUUUAAUAUGUGACUUUGGACUUUGUACACCCGUUGAUCUAGAAAUAGCUUCAGAUAAAAAAAUUCAAGGAGUUUUACCUUACAUCGCUCCUGAAGUACUAAGGAAUAAGCCAUAUACAAAGAAAUCUGAAGUUUAUAGUUUAAGUAUGAUAAUGUGGGAAUUAACUUCAAAUGAACCUCCAUUUUCAGAUCAUCCUCAUGAUAAGUAUCUUGCAAUUCAAAUUGUAAAAGGACAAAGACCUGAUAUUAUUAAAGAAACACCAAAUUUUUAUGCUAAAUUUAUGGAACAAUGUUGGGAUCCUGAUCCAUCAAAAAGACCC